AUGGCGGCCUCGAAUGAGCCGUGGGUUCCUGCCUCCGACUCCAACUCCGAUAAGGUUCUGUUCGUACCAGCUGUUGACCAACUCUUAACACCGGACAUCUAUUCAAUGAAUCCGCGUCAAAUCUCACACCUUAGCUCGAGAAACAGCGCCUAUCUCUGCAUCCAGAAAGAUGACGGCUACACACCUGUCUCGACGAAUCGAAUGUCUAUUCCAGGCCUGAAGGCAGCAAUGCCAGGAGUUUCACUAGCCAUCAGGAAAUCAGGCAUUCCCGAAACUCAAAUAAUCAGCAUAGUUCUGCCAACUUGUAACCGUGAAGCAGCCGAAGAGCUAGCGAAGAACCACGAACGAGUCAUGUUGAACAGAUGGCGAGAGAAGAUCCGAUUCAUCGAAACCAAGCCUAUUACCUCCUACUCCGUGAUCGCCAAGCUCGCCACGGAUUUGAGUAUAAAGCCCAUUGUGACAGAUAUGGAGUCACGCAUCGAUAAGAUGACCACACCAAAUCUGCACUAUAGCGAACUCAAGAUACAAGCUGAAGAUGUCGCAGCUCUCUGCCAGUGCACUGAAGAAGGUUCUCAGGUUCGUACUGUGGUUGCAAAGGCUAUUGCUCGAGCUUUGGUAGUCGAUCGGUUAGGUGAACGAAAAGAAAUUGGUAAAAUACUGCACAAGAACCGCAAGUUCCAUGAUGAGGUGAUGAAGGCAAUGGUCUUUUGGUGGGAACGUCAGGAUGCUGGUAUUGAUGUCAAAUUUUAUGCUCGACUGACUUAG